GUUGUUACCCAGCCGCUGAGUGUAGUUUGUACCAGUGUGGUGAUACUGUGGGCUACAGAACAUAACCUGAUACAUUUGCUGCUGGAAGAUGGGCCGAUUAAAUCUCACAUCUGCAUAAAGGAAGAGAAAACGGGACAUGUCGAGCUUUACACGGACUUUUUCUGUUUAAACGUGGAUUUAAAUCAGUAACGUCUGUUUGCUCAUCUGGAAACAAAGCGACACUGAGCGAAUGCGGAUUUCACUUUCAUCCACGGCUUCAUAUGUGUGGGUAGAAGCAUCACCGGCGGCAGCAUUGUUGCUUUGAAUUACACUGAUAAAUAGCCCACACUCGAAAACCAACAGGCGGCUUCUGUUUCUAGCGGGGGAACUGUUUUAUUUUUGGAUCCACAGCGAGGAGGAGAAGUCAUUUUGGGCGGUGAGAUGCACCAUUUGGUCUGAAGACUGAGCUCCAGCACUUCAUGCGCUGCUGAGCUCCAAACAUGGAAACAUGAAGCAGGUAACUGGUUGGAACAUAUCAGUCAAUACAUUUCUGAUAUUUUCUGUAAUUACUGCUCAAUGAGUCCCUAAACCUAGACGUUAAUGUGAGCUCUCUGCUCUGAACACCCACCGGCUCUUGUCGUCCUCUGAGAUUUUAACUCUCGAUAUACAGGGGCGCGUCCAGACAGGCGACCAGAGGUGGCAUGGACCUCCUUAGAAAUCUGCUGACCACCCCUGGUGUCUCACCAAAAACCCAAGCUGUAAUUGACAUUAAGCUUAUGUUACAACAAACUGUUAAAGAUGUGUAGCAACAGGCUUCCAGCAGCGUCUUGACAUUUAAAUGAGGACUGACAAACAAACAUGUUUAUAAAAAUUCAAUUAAUCACAGAAUUUUGAUUUUUCCAUAAUUUUUUAUAGUAUUUUUAAUUUUACUAUUUAUAUUCCACAUGUAGAUAUAACAAUUUGUUCUUAUGUGCAACCCCCUCCAAAUUACAUAUGAAGUGUAGCAGCGCCAACAUUAGCACGAGGGGCGUGCUGAGUGACUUGCCAGCACGGCCAUUUUGACAGACAUAACAACAUUAAGUGCAGUGGAAUUAAUGAAAUUAGGAUGAUGUUAGGUUUUAAAAACCAGCUAUUUAUUAGCUGACUACACAGUAACGGAGAACGGAAUGGAGAGAGCAAAAGUGGGACUCAACAUGCCGUACAGGGACAAGCUGAACAAUGAAGAAAGAGAGCAUUACCAAAGCAAAAUUGUAGACAUGGCUGGACCCGACCCAUAUGAACACACUGUAUAGUCAGAAGAUGAUUUCGAGAUGCUACCACCACUUAACUGAGUGCAUUUGAUGCAGUACCUCAUCGAAGGAACAAGCUAUUAUACAUUUAAUUCCUUCCAUAAUGAAAAGUCUCUCUUUCACAUGCGGGUGGGUACACAAACUGCAGAUGCACAGUGCCAACAACAAAACUGUUGUUUGAACAAUGGAAUGUGAUCAUACACAAACAUGUCUGCCUUUCUCUCUCUCAGCAUCUCGAAAUCAUCUUCUGACCAUACAGUGUGUUCAUAUGGGUCUGGUCCAGCAAUGUCCUACAGCAUGGCUCUGUAGUAGAAGAGUCCUGCUUCUAAGCUGGCCUGCUUGCAGUCCUGACUUGUCACCCAUUGAAAACAUUUGGAGCAUGAACAAACAAAAAAAAAACCCAUUUUUUUUUAACAUCUGGCAUCAAAUUUAAGAGAAGCAUAUUUUUCAUUAAAAAUCAAAGUUUCAGUUUAACAUUAAAUAUGUGGCCUUUGCACUUUUAUUCAUAAAAAAUGGGGUUUAGAUGAUUUGGAAAGCGUCAAAUUCUUUUUACUCUACAUUAGUUGGUUGUUCUUGAAGGUUAGUAAUCAAAGUAGAUGUAAUUUUUUUCAGCCAGAACAAAGUGUUUUUGUUUGCACACACAACCAACACUGACUCUAUGAAUUACAGUUCAUCUCAACCACUUUAGGGCCUUAACAACAGAGCAUUGGAGCCUGAAACGUGUAACGAUUAAAUGGUUCGUAAAUAAGCUUUAACCGUGUCAUUGUAAACAGUGAGAGUGAGCCCGUGUGUUUGACCUGAAUUGCUUUUAUUGGGGGUCGAUGAAGUGAGGGCUGUUCUGGCUGAGGUUUAAAUCUAUUUGGCAUUGAUUUAAAAAAAAAAAACAUGGGUCCGUUUUCAGGACGCUUUUAAGGUUUCCUCACAGAUUUAGCCAUCAGGUGGUGACCUGCUUGGAUGUGAACAAUUUUUUGCAAAAAUAUAGCCACCAGCUCACCUGUCAGAACAUAAUAUUACAAAAUAUGUCACAGGUAUAAAACCAACAACCAGAGUACAUAGAAAUCAAUAUGUGGGAUUGGUGCCAAUACAAAUACAUUACUUACAUGGGGACUGAAAAGACAGCAGCAAAUAAAAAUAACCAAAUGAAUAAAUAAUGAGGGGUUUAAUCUGAAAUGAACGCUGGUUGGUGAAGCAGAAAUGCUGUUAGGAUUCUACUGACGGUUGGAAAAGUCUGAUUUAACCCUAGCCCAAGUGUUUGAUAAUAUCUCAGUGUUCACAUUUUUCCAAGUAAUUUGUGUAGAUUAGAUUUUAUCGACACCAAGUCAGCCCAUCAGGCCAGGUCUUCAUCAGUUCUCUUAGCAGCUCCUGUGGAUUUUCUGCUUGGAGAAAAGUCAGCCUUUUUAUGUUUUCUUGUGUCAACAACACAGAUUUUAUUACCAGUUUUAUAACCUUCACUGAGUGAAGGUUGAGCUGUGCUGAGACAGGGAAGACUGGCUUCUGAUUGGGCCUUUACAGGUCGGCUGAUCGAAUCAUGCAGCAACGGAUAGGUCAACAGAAAGAAAGAUGGCAGCCUUCCAUUAGGACUGUAAACUAAUGUAAAAAAAAAAGACAUUUUUCUGCGUAAAAUUAAUCUACAAAUCAUAGAUUACCUUUGUUUUUUAAAAGAUUAGAUCUGGACAGCAUCGGAAUGUAAUCUGAUCAGAAAGCUGCCAGUCUCACAAAGGUUGUGGAUUUUAAGGUCCUUACACACCGGGAACAACGCAAAUAUAUGACGUGAAAUUACAAAAUAUUCAGAGGCGGAUUUUGACGUGCCUGACUAUACACAUCAAGCGCUAUGCGAUUUUGCGACUUUCUGGGGGGGAAAAAGACGCGUCCCGGGUGGAAGCGAGAAGACUGACAUAGCAGCAGACUGACUGUUUUUCAGUUCUGAUUAGACACUAGUGUUGAGAUGUCUGUCAUGAUAGCAUGUACUGAGUCGGGGCCAGUACCAGAUAAGCACAUUAAACUAAAAUCCAUAAACGUAAGGUAACAACCGAGACCUAAUGGUGCUGUGACAGCAACGUGAUUGAGUUUGAGACAGUGAAAAUACAUAUGGUAUGUUGUAUCUGAACAGGUUAGCUUACGAGCUAAAGUUACUUAGCACAGAUGAAAGUUAAAACAAAGAUGUUUAGCAAAGUGUUAAAGCACACAAACCAUCGUCAUAUGAGAAAUCCAACGCUAUGACUCUCCACAAGUCGUCCUUCUAUCAUUAUCUUUGUAAUGUUUGUCUUUAAUCAAAAAGCACUCUGUUCUCUGACACGUUAACAAUCAGCCGGUCAGCCAUGUUGGAUAUACCGAUGAAUCUGAUGUCGCAACAAGAUGAAGUCUGAUUGGUCAGAAGUGGACACACAGUAUGCGAAACUUUAGAAAAAUUCGACUGUGAUACGAAAAAAUAAAUGCCGCGAUAUCACAGGACGGGAAAAUGUCGCUGAUGUAAACGCUGGUAUUGACAGGAUACGGGUUCGAAAAAAAUAUUGACGCAUGAAAAAAAACGCUUCCGGCGUGUAAGGACCUUUACACUGUGAGUUAUUGUGUCGUACUGUUCAAGUAUUAGAGCAAUUUUAUGUUGCCCCUUUCAUCACUUAACCCCACAAAUAGAAGUUGUAGGUAUUAUCCGUCUACAUUACACUUAAAAUGUUUGUAAAUCACAAAGUUAUAUGAUGAGAUGGACUCUUGCAUAAACAGAAUUGUUUUUUAAAGGAUGAAUCAGACAAACUUGCUGGUUUUUUUUCUUUCACAUUUCUAAAUCCUACCUUUAUAGCCUUACCAGGCAGGUUUCUAUCUCUCCUUUUGUACUUCAAGUAUAUUUAGAAGCGACUCAAGGUGACAAGAUGUGCCUGAAUAAACCUUUUUCACUCCGCUAUUCUCUUUUGCAUAAUUGCGUUGCCACAUUGCCACGGAGUUUUGAACAGUUCCCAACGUCGAGUACCUGAUCAUCCAUUAAACCCGCCGGUUCAUGUGAUUGCUUGGAGGCUGAAGUGGCUAUUUUAACAAUAUUAGGUCACACUGUUCUAUCUGUGAAGGAGGGGGAAGAAACUAAAUAUUACCAUCUUGCAGAGGUAGAUUGCUGCACAGCGUGUUCAGCUCUGUGCAACCUUGUUAAGGUCUGUGUCCUUAAAAAUUUUGGAUUUUAUAAGAAUGAAUGAAUGAGAUGGAAAGCAGUUUCUUAUUCAGCAGGUCUUAUUGUGAUGCAGGGCGAGUAAAAGCAGCAGAAAAAGGCGUGUAAUCACCAUAUGAAUAAAAGCAAGUCUUCAGCCUCAUUUUCCUCCUUUUCUUCACCGCCUGUCUCGCUGUCAUGUGAUAACAUUAUUCGUUGAAUAGCUUUGCAUCUACAAACCUGUGUUUUAACAUGGCUGCAUAAAAAGCUGGCAUGCAUUGUUCUCAUCUUAAUUGCCUAUAAUUGUGUUUGCUUGGUAUUUACUCCCACACAGGACUGAGGAUUAAUGAAAAAGCAUAAUCUGUGUGAAAAUUAAUCAUUUUAAGUACCCACAAAUGGACUCUUUGCCACAGCACAUGUAUUAUUUGGCAUUUGCUGCUCAGAGAUUGUAAAUGAUAGCAGGCAGUCUGAAAUAACAGUGUCCAAUGUUUAUACAAGAGAUAAGGGUUUUUAUUACAGUGUGUGUCUCAGGUUGAACACCGGCUGCUGGUUAAUGGUAGCAGUUAGAAAAAGCACUCUAGUGUAAUAUCAUAACGUCGUAUCACAUUUCAACCAAACAGAACAGACAUUUUAAGUCUUUUGGACAUAAUUAUCCCCUAAUAUUACUCUUUCAUGAGUCAUUUACUUUGUUAAAUAUCUUUAUUUUUCCAGUGAUAUUAUAAGACUUGUAUGUCUGGGUUCUACACACACAGCUUAACAAUUAUACUCAGUGCCUUGGAGCGAUGUUGCUCCCAUGCAUAUUGAGUGAAGCACAGGUUUUCUAUGAUUAGCUCUGGGUCAGAUGAGCAGGUUUUGUGGUCUAAACCAUUAUCCCAGUCACUCUCACUUGUUGGCACCAGAAGUGGUAGCUAGUCAAAUGAAUGAAUAUUUUAUUACUAUUGGCCUCAAAUGCUGGUAUGUUGUGUCUAAGCUGUAGCACAGCCAGCCCAUACAGUGAGUUGAAGAUGAAGCGUCCAUGAUUUCCAAAAUGACUGUAAGGGAUUUGAUCUUUCAGACCCAAGGGCUGAUUUUCACCUCACCUCAUUUUACCUUGACAGUUAGUUUCAUAGCACUAGCCACUAAACAUCUUUUUAAAUUUGCCUAAUUUCUUCAGCAAAGAGACUAAAUAUAACUCACCCACUCUCCUCCAGCAGCCACUCGUUUGUAGCGAGACCGCGGGCCAGUCCAUUACGGACCACUACGGGGUGACGCAGCUCAAGGAAGAACACUUAUGAUCAAUUAAAAUUAAUUUAAUGCCGGAAUAUUCCUUUAACCGUACCCUUCGUUUAGAUGCACGUUUGCAUAUAAAUGGAGAAAAACAGAGAUUUGGGUAGCCAACUUCUUUCCGUGCCAAUUGUGUGCAGGAAAGAAGGAAGGGACGUUGUUGUUGCUGCUAUGUGGGAUUCUGAUUGGCUAAUGUGGGCUUGAGCUUCUCGCUACACUGCCACCCACAUGUUUGAUUUGCUCUUGACAGCAUAUUUACACUGGUUACAUGCAUGUAGUGAUGCGCACGCAGUUUUUUUUUGUGAACGGAGAUGGUUAAAUGUCCGUUUAUAAAAAUAGCCGGGCCCGUGUAAACAUAGUCUGCGACCCAGCCUCUCUGAACACCCUUUUUAUACCUAGUCAUGCUACUAACCUGUUGCAAAUUAACUUGCUUAGUUUGCUUUCACACUGCCGUCGAUUAAGCUUAAAGGUUUAAAUUAUUGCAUAUAUUUUACAACACUCGCAGUGAUGUGGGCUCAGUGUAGAGGAGUUUGUCUGUACAUUCAUAAAUCUGGACAGAGCUGGAGUAGGUGUUUUCCCCCCCGAUUACUCAGCUAAUUUCACCUUUAAUCAUCUGCCUAGUAUUGAGUCUGUCCUACUUUGAUUCAUUUGCUGCACGAAAUUGAACAAAUGGUGAUUAGCUCCAGUUGGAGGAUGAGAAGCAGUUUGCAUGUAAACCACCAGGAACUGUCUGCAGAAGAGAGAAAAAGUACAACUAUUUUCAGCAUCCAAAGUGCUAUUUUAGGAGGUUAAAUACUGGGAAUUUGUAAUUUGUUGGACCCUGCAGGCUUCAGAGAGAUGACGGCGGUGUGAAUUAAUCAGGGAGCUGCAGGCGAUCACCCGGAGUGGAUUACAGUCUCUGAGGGGAACUGUGAUGAACAUGAUGCUGUUUUUAAUCUGCUUUAAUAUUCCUCUGUUUGACACUCAUUGCGUUUCUGUGUACGGUUUCAGGGUCCCACGGCCGUGAUGAUGACGCCUUGUUGUGUUGAGCGGCGACUCUCUGCACCCACGUUAUCAUGGUUAGUGUGAGCUCAGCUGCAAGCAUGCCUGUUCACCCAGGGGAAGAAUGGUUCUUUCCACUCCUGCCGCCCUUCCAGGGGCAGGGGAUGCUAACGACGGUCUCUGCUGCCUCGUUAUGAAGCUGCUGAACCUUUCGAUGGAGAACAUCUCCAUGGCGAACGCUUCCCUGGGCUCCCGGUCGCCCCCGGAGCCGGCCACGCCGACAUCAGAGGCCCCGGAGGUCCUGCAGGGCGUCAGCUUACCUCUGCAGGUGUUCUUCUGCUUCAUCAUGGUCGCCAUUCUGCUGCUGGCUCUGCUGGGAAACGUGGUGGUGUGCCUGAUGGUGUACCAGAGAUCAGCCAUGCGCUCGGCCAUCAACAUCCUAUUGGCGAGUUUGGCGUUUGCAGACAUGAUGCUGGCCAUCCUGAACAUGCCUUUCGCUCUGGUGACCGUCGUGACCACCCGGUGGAUUUUCGGAGACGUUUUCUGUCGAGUGUCGGCCAUGCUCUUUUGGUUUUUCGUGAUGGAGGGCGUGGCCGUACUGCUUAUAAUAAGCAUAGAUCGAUUUCUGAUAAUCGUCCAGAAACAGGAUAAGCUGAGCCCGCAGAGAGCCAAAGUGCUCAUCGUGGUCACAUGGGUACUCUCUUUUCUUUUCUCUUUCCCGCUGGCUGUCGGUUCCCCUCCCCUGCAGACCCCCCCCAGGGCCCCCCAGUGUGUGUUUGGCUACAGCGUCGAGCCCGGCUACCACGCCUACGUGUUGUUACUGAUGCUCAUCUUCUUUUUCAUACCCUUUAUGGUCAUGUUAUACACAUUCAUGGGGAUCCUCAACACCAUCCGCCACAACGCCAUCCGCAUCCACAGCCACCCGGACAGCAUCUGUCUGAGCCAGGCCAGCAAACUGGGCCUGCUGAGCCUGCAGAGGCCCUUCCAGAUGAACAUAGACAUGAGCUUCAAGACGCGUGCCUUCACCACCAUCCUCAUCCUCUUCUCCGUGUUUACAGUGUGCUGGGCGCCUUUCACCGCCUACAGUCUGGUGACUACUUUCAGCGACGGCUUCUACCACAAAGACAGUUUUUUUCAAAUCAGCACAUGGGUCCUGUGGUUGUGCUACCUCAAGUCGGCCCUCAACCCGCUCAUCUACUACUGGCGGAUCAAAAAGUUCCGCGAUGCCUGCCUUGAUCUGAUGCCCAAGUACUUCAAGUUUCUUCCUCAGCUGCCAGGCAACACCAAGAGGCGCAUCCAGCCGAGCGCCGUGUACGUGUGUGGAGAGCAUCGCUCGGUGGUGUGAAGGAAAAAGAAAAAAAAAUCCACCCUCAGAACACUUCAGCACUGUUACGAACACAUCUUAUCUUACUUUACCUUGCAGUUCUGGGUCUGUUUUGUUGUUUAGUGGUUUACUUUUCUCUGCAGAAAUAAAACAGCGCUGUGUUCUAAAGGCUCAGGGCUGCGUUGGUGGAGAUGUGUUGAGCAAAUGAAACACAAUCCAUCAAGUCUGGUCAGAACAGAAACUUAACACCUGUGAUACACGGCUAAAAAUACUCUCAGACUGGAUUUAAAAUGCUGCUAUUGUUUGAGUUUUUUGUCACUCGCUCCAAUCUCAUACCCAAGUUAGAGGGCCAGAACAAUACCCCUCGAAUAUCACCCUCACUGAUCUGCAGUGCCUAUUUUCAAUAAUAAAAAGGCCAAACUACAAACUGAGAGACUAGAAUUCAAGAUUUUAUAAAUGUGAAAGAUUUUAUUGCAGAUCUCUACAACAUGACACUGCAAAAAAUGCUUUUCUUUUAUUUGAAUUUAAAUAUAUGCUUUAGAAAACUCGCCAGCGCUGAGUUUAAUAAAGUAUUUUCGGCUCAUUAGAGUUCAUAUUUAGUUAAACAAAACAUGAUUCAAUAUUUAAUCCUUUCUUUUUUCACGAACAUUUCCUCCAAAACACUGUAUUAUUCAGGUUUCCCAUCAUUGCGUGAAUUUUCUUUUUCUUUACAUGAUAUUUGAGCACAACUUUAGUUAAAACUGUUUUGUUACAUAUUCAGCUAAUAUUUUUUUUGUCAAAACAUAGGGGCCUUUUUUUUUUUCUAAGAUUUAAAACAUUAAGUUAGAGGAGAAUAAAGUUGUAAUCUAAUAAGAAAGAAGUUGUUAUGAGGUGGAAUCCUCCAAGAAAAAAGCCAUAGUAAAAUCAAAAACUCAAAGUCAUUAUGUUUUGAGGAUAAAUUGAUGAUAAAGUCGUCAAAACUCCCAACUUUAGUCAGGAAACAGGUGACUUUAUUCCCAAAAUACGAUUUUAAUCUGAUAACAGAAUGAUUUGACACAUGAUUUAAUUUAUAACUUAUAACAAUAUUUCCUUAUGGCACCUGCUCUUUUGAGCUUACUGACGUUUAUCUGAACCGUUUUGCUCAUUUCAUCAUUGGAUUACUAUUUUUCAUUUUUGGGACCAACCUUUUGCAGGUAUUUUCUUUGCAAGUGUCAUUAUUAUUUGUAAUGUUCACAGAUUUGGUGCAGAUUUGCUGUUGAUGCAGCUUUUUGGCUUUUUAAAUCAAGUUAUUUUAAUUUAUUUCAGAAUUUGUAUUGCAUUUUUGGACUUUUGCUUGAGUUCGUGACUUUGCAGCACUUCGGGGGCUGUUGCAGAUCAGUUGGAGGUUUGAAUGUUCAGGAUUAAAUACUCUGUAGAUCCAAAGGUUUUUACGAAUGAGGCUCACCGUCUCCACCAACAGCAGCUCCAGUAGUCCAGCUGGGUCUGGUCCUGGAACAAUACUAUCAAUGAUAUUUUAUCAAUACUGAAGUCUUGCAUAUGACCGAGUAUUCGAUGCCACGUUUGGUUACUGGAAAGUUUUAAACUCUUCGUUCAGCAGACUCCGAGCUCUCAGAAUUAAAAGGUAUUUGAUUUCUUUGCACGGCUCUAACAGUGCAGAGAUAAAGCAUUUCCUGCGAGGAACACAACCUUGGAUAAACUUUCUGUUUAUGUACUAUCAUUUCUUUUUCAUCGUAGCUGCGGUGCUGUCUCUUAUCUGCUCGGCAUUCACACACUUCUUCGGAGGGUGAUUCAGUGUCAUUCUGGGUAAUGAAAGAAACCUUAAGGUGAAGUAGUCGACUGAAGGAAGCUAUAAAAGAAAAUUAAAACACUUUAUAACUCCUGAAAUGUACUGAGCGGCACAUCCUGUGUGAGAGUUAAAACAGGUGAAUUUUUCCUUCAGGAUUGUGCUAAAGAGGACAGGAGUGGCUGAGUUUGACUAAACUUUACGUCUUUUCUCACCACUGGAAUCAUGAGAGGACCAGGUGUUUUAGUUUCAUACUUUUUGUUAUAUGAGGCAUGUAAAUUAAAGCUUUGAACGUGGUUUGAAAAGCAGCCACGACACAUUUGGAGGUGUGCAUUUCUAUUUAAAUGUUUGGAUGUGCCUAUUGAUUAGUCCAUUUGCCAGUCAGAAUGCUGCUAUAUCUGGUGAAAAUGUGCAAUUUCAGUGUACUGUACUGUUGAAUGUAAUAAAGAAAUAGACAUUUCUUACCUUGGUAA